AUGGCGGCAGUGCAACCGCCCGGCACGGGGCUGCAUACGAGCCAGGAGAAGCCGUACGGCAGCCGCACGGGCUACGACCACCCUCCCGCCUCCAACAACAGCCACCAUUCACCUCACCAACAGCAAGCGUACCCUUCCAACCACUCCACGACCGGCUCUUCCUUUGACAGCAGCUCAGCCCCCAUCAAUCCGAUUCUCGAGCCAAAGCUGCACAAUCUGGCCAACGAUGCCGCCAUCACCGAUGCCUACAAUAGCCUGACGGCUCAGGUCAAUGCUCAAAACGAUGCCGUCAAUCGCAUCGUACAAUCACAACAAUCCCUGCAACAACAACAAGCCUCCACCCUGAGCUCGGAUCGCGCCGCCGUGGAGGACCGCCUCGCGCGAGUUGAAGACCAGAUUCGUCGCCAAACAGAUGACAUGCGCGUCAUCAAACAGAAUCAAGACCACAUUAUCCGCCUCUUUCAGGUCCAGAAGCAAGUUCUUGAGCAGGAGCGUCUCAUCCGCGCCAUCGCAGACCAACAGCAACGCGCCCUGCAGAUGAUGCAGCCCGUCAAUGCCUCCCUCGAUCAACUGGCAGUGCUCCAAGCCAACCAACACCAGCUCCUAAGAGGCAUGGGCUCCGUUAACCUCCAGCCCACGGCCGGUGUCACCAAUCACGCUCAAGCCGUUGGUAGCUACAACGUGCCCACCGUCGUCGGUGGCACCGGUCCUUCUGGCGUCGAGCAGGGCCACCAACUGCAUGACACCGUGGCUCGCAGCAAUUGGCGAAUCGACGGUGACGCUGUCUCUUACGUCCAGGCCGUCCGAGCGCACAUGGGCCCCACCAUUAUCCCGUACGUGCACUUUGACGCUGAUACCGACGCCAAGGCUCUGCGCAAAGCCAUGCGGGGCCUUGGCACCAAUGAGCGCGUUGUCGUCGACAUUAUCGCCAACCGCACCCGCCAACAGCGCCUUGAGAUUGCGCGGGCCUACAGCACCAACUAUCGCCGCGAUCUUGUCAAGGACUUCCGUAGCGAGAUGGGUGGCAAAUUGCGCCAACUGCUCGUGUCUCUCGUCUGCACCCGCUUCGAAGCCGAGGCUAUUGCCGCUCACGAUAGCAUCCAGGGCAUGGGCACCGACGAGGAAUCGCUCAUCCUGGUUCUCGCAGACAAGACGGCCACGGAGAUGGAGCACAUUCGUCGCGCUUACUCGGAGCUUUUCUCCCGUGAUCUCGUCGCCGACAUUCGCAGCGACACCAGUGGCUGGUUUUGCAAAUACCUCGUGGCCUUGGCCGAGGGUAAGCGCGAGGAGGACUCGCGUGGCGUCAAUUUCGACCUGGCACAAGAGGACGCCUCGUCCCUCUAUGAAGCUGGUGAAAGCCGUAUGGGCACAGACGAAAAGGUCUUUGUGGAAAUCUUCUCCACCCGCAGCCUGCCUCAGCUUGCUGCCAUCGCUACCGCAUAUGCCAAGCUCUCCGACAACGACCUCAGCCGUGCCAUCGAGAAGGAAACAAGCUUCAACUUUCGCCGCGCUCUCCAGGCUACCCUCGCUGCCGCCACCAAUCGGGCCGAACAUUAUGCUCGCGCCCUCAAGACUGCCAUGGACGGCGUCGGUCACAACGCCGUCGCCCUCAUCUACAUCCUCUCCACGCGCGCCGAAAUUGACCUCAUGGACAUCAUCACAAGCUACCGCAGCCUCCACGAGGGCGAUCUGUAUGAGCGUGUCCGCUCAGAAACCCGUUUCGACUACCGGCGCUUGUGCCUCGAACUCUUUGGCGAUGCUCUUUUUGACCCGGCAAAGGACGCCAAAAUGCUUCGUAAGGCCAUGCGUGGUCUCGGCACCAACGAAAAGAUGCUGAACCGCAUCAUUGGCGGCCGCAGCAGCUCACAGCGCGCCGUGAUUGCCACUGAGUUUGAGAAGAUGUACCAACGCAACCUGGCCAAAGACGUCAACAGCGAAGUGGGCGGUGAUUAUCGCUGGUUCCUCCUCGCGCUGCUCAAGGAUCCGGAUGAGUUUGUGGCCUCGGAGGUCCAGCGGGCCAUUCGCGGUCUGGGCACGGAUGACCGUAGCCUGAUUGAAAUCAUUUGCACACGUGAUGCCGCGGAAAUGAAGCGACUCAAGGACAAAUACCAGGAGCUGUACGGUGUGUCCCUAGCUGAGGCCAUUCGCUCCGACACGUCAGGCAACUACUGCAAGCUCCUGUGCAGUAUGGUCGAGAAUACACGCCGAGAGGAUGAGCCCGUGAACCAGGAGCGCGCUCGGGAGGAAGCCGCACGCCUGUACGCGGCGGGCGAGGACCGCAUGGGUACGGACGAGGAUGCCUUUAUCACCGUGUUUAGCACCCACUCCUUUCCCAUGCUUCAGGUCAUUUUUGAGCACUACGCCAAACUGUGCGACUAUGAAAUCUCAAAGUCAAUCAAGCGCGAGACGAGCUUCAACUUCAAGCGCGCGCUCAUCACAAUCGUGCGUGCUGUGCGCGAGUACCACGACUUUUUUGCUGAAGAGUUUGAAAACACCAUGAAGGGUAUUGGAACCAAGGACUACCACCUCGUGCGCCUCAUGGUGAUGCACUGCGAGAAGGACCUCGACUUAAUUGCCGAAGCCUAUCAUCGUCGCUACAAGCGCACGCUGGAAAGUCGCAUCCACUCGGAUACCUCGGGCAGCUACCGUCAUCUCUUCUUGCGGGUUUUGGAUAAGUCUCGGGGUUGGUGCACCAACUUUGCCCAGCGCCAGAAGCACCUAUCUGCCACGCAACACGUGCCCCAGCACCAUAGCCGCAUGCUAUACCACCAGGAGGCGCCGCGCCAACUGCGUGACGCUCUCUUGGUCCAAGAGACCACCGGCGGCUUUGACAAUUCCUUGCCAGGGUCGCGCCGAGGCUCGAUCCCUCAGGGUGCACACCCGCCAGGCUCUGCAGCCAACUUGUACCCCAACCAAGGUCUCAGCCAAGGUCCCGCGCGCAACCAACAGCAAACUCAGGGCAACUCUCGUGUACAGCCAGUUCCCAUGGCAGUCCACGGCACGGAUCAACCCUCGAUCAAUCUCUAA